UAGCCUCGCUUGAGCCCCGCUCGGCCUGAAGCUACGAUGGUAGUGGCUUGUCACUGCUGUCGGCCUUACAGUGAUGUGGCCCAUGGGCGUGCUCGCGUUCGCCACCUGCGGCAGGGCUUGGCACCCAGUGGAGGACGUUCUGGGCACCUGGACAGUGACGCCAGAGGUUGGCAAAGGAGUCCCCGACGGCCCACUGUUAGGCAACGGUAGGCUCGGCGCCGCCAUCACCUGGCAAGGAAAAGCUGCUGUGAUCGAUCUGCACCUCGGCCAUAACGGCUUCUUUGCAGCGCCGGUGGCUGGGGCGAGCAGCUGUGGAUACUCCCCCGGGGGCCGCAAGGCGCUGGCGGGGUUGACGCUGUCGCUGCCUGGUCAAGUCGUUUCUGCCGAGCAGAGACCUGCCAACGCCACGGCGCAUGUGCACGUGGCUGCCGGGACUUCACACUGGUCGCUGAGUGCCUGGGUUCAUGCCCUGGAAGACGUGCUGGUGGUGGAGUUGGAAGGGCCUGCGGCAGAGGUGCAAGUGACGCUCUGGACUUUCUCGGGCUGCAACGGGCCUCCAAGGCCGCCAGUGUCGCCCAGCACCAAGGAGGAUGGAAAGCCCGUGACAAAGACCACAGGCGCCACCAGCGACCGGCUGCCGUCUCAGGUCACCGCGUGGCGGCACUUCCUGCGGGCGGCCCGGGGGAACGGCUGGCCCUUCCAGGCACCUCACUUCCCGGUACGGUGGUUCGGAUUCAGCGCCUCUACGGUGUCUGAGUCGGGCGCUGGCGUGUUCGAGGACGCAGAGGCGAUGGGGAGCUGCGGAGGUUUGCGGGGCCCCUGCGCGCGGGGCAUGUGGCACACGCAGAAGCGAUCUGCCCUGGUCUUGCAGCUGUCCACCUGGCCACUUGCGGCACAACCGGAGUUUGCGGCCCCGAAGCCACUGCCCCAGCUCCGUGCCUCGCACCUGGUCUCCUGGGCGGACUUCUGGGCUCGGUCAUACAUUUACAUCCCAGACUCUGAUGUGACAAUGUUCCACUGGUACAUGAGCCAGUAUUUGCUGCGCUGCUCCUCCUGGGGGGGCUCGUCCGCCCCCGGCCUCUUCGGGCCCUUUGUGGUGGAUGACGAGGUGAUGUGGUCAGGCGACAUGACCUUGAACUACAACGCAGAGGCCGUGUACUACAACGCCGGCGCUGCCAAUCACUUGGAGGCCUUUGAGCCGUACUUCCAGGCCAUUCUGGACUUUCUGCCAGCUGCGAGGCGCUUGGCACAGGAGCUGUACCCUUCCUGUGCGGAGUCCUUGGCCUUCCCGGCCCACAUUUUGCCUGCAGGGGUGCAGCUACCUGGCGUGGGCAGGGGCGACUUGGGGCAGAAGCAGAUGGGUCUGUUUGCUGCGGUGCCUUUUGUUCUGUACUGGCACUAUGCAGGCCGACUUGCCUUUGCCGAGCGGGUGCUUCCCUUCUUCUUGGGAGUGGCGCGUUUUUGGGAGUGCAACCUUGCUCCCGGGGACGAUGGUUUCCUUCACGACAUCGAGGACUGUGCUGAGGAGAUCUGCCUACCCGACGGGGACAUGCAGCCAGAUCCCGCCGUGGUCCUCUCGCUGCUUCCGGGGUUCUUAGAGGCGUUGGCGCAGAUGUGCGACCUGCUGGGUGCGGACGCGCAGCACUGGCGGCUCUUGGCAAGGCGUGUGGCACCUUACCCCACGGAGGUCAUCGCCGGCCGGGAGGUCAUUGCCGACUUCUACGGUGGGGAGACGCAGCACGGCCGGGAGCUGCGCCUGCACUCAGGCGGCUCGGUUGCCUGGGGCGGCCUCUUUGCGGCCUUCCCCCUGGGCACGCUGCACAGGCGCAGCCCGCAGAAGGACCUUGACCUUGUUCAUCGCUCAUUGGAUCGCUUCUUCGAGCAGUGGCCGGGGGGGAAGCAGGGCAACAGCUUCCCCCACCUCUGGGCCGCCGCGGGUCGGGUGGCCUGGCAGCCCCGGCGGCUCCUGCAGGCGUGGGAGGCCUACUUGACCAACACGUCCGACCCCAAAUGCCGGCUCUAUGGCAACGGCAUGGUGCUGGGCUGCGGAAACACGGGCCUGGAAAAUGUGGGCGGUGCGGCCUUCGGCUCGGAGCUGCUUCUGCAGGUGGCAGGCGGCGUGUUGCAGGUCUUCCCUUCCACCAUGGAGGGCGCCUUCCGUUUACGCGCCCCAGGGCCCUUGCUGGUCACUGCAGAGCGGCGCCAGGGUGUGGUGCAGGAGAUUCAACUGGAGCUCCCCAGAGAGUCCGAGCCAGCGGUGGUGCGGACAGACUGGCUGGUGCAAUCGCCAUGGCCGGACUUCCAGGUUUUGGUCGAUGGUGAGGUUGUGCCAGUCCAACCUGAUGGAGUCUUCCAUGUUUUCGUGAACGAGGGCCAGGUGCAUUCGAUCACCGCCGGCCAGCGAGAAAGAGAGAGG